GUUAGUUAGCAAUCACCGUAGAUUGAAAAUUCUAAUAAAUACUCAUAGUUAUGGCUGUGGGAGCUGUUCUACUAACAGCGUUGCUGACGCUUGUUGGCUACCUUCUGGUGAAAUGGCGCAAAACUAUGAGGUACUGGCAGGAAUUGGGAAUACCGUGUGAGGAGCCGCACCUCCUGAUGGGAAGCCUGAAGGGAGUUCGAACUAAGCGAUCAUUUAACGAUAUCUGGACGAGCCAUUACAACAAGUUUCGUGGAACCGGACCCUUUGCUGGCUUCUAUUGGUUCCAACGACCGGGAGUAUUGGUCUUGGAACCUUCUCUGGUAAAGCAGAUCCUGAUCAAGGACUUUAACAAGUUUACAGAUCGUGGUUUCUUCCACAACCCCGACGACGAUCCAUUGUCCGGGCAAUUGUUCUUACUAGAUGGUCAUAAGUGGAGAUCUAUGCGUCACAAGUUGUCUUCUACCUUCACGUCUGGAAAAAUGAAGUAUAUGUUCCCCACCGUGAUCAAGGUGGGUCAUGAGUUCACCGAUGUUAUGGGCAAAUAUGUGGAUAAGAGCCCCAUUGUUGAGGUGAAAGAGCUUUUGGCAAGGUUCACCACUGAUGUCAUCGGAACCUGUGCCUUUGGCAUCGAGUGCAGUAGUCUUAAGGAUCCUGAUGCGGAGUUCCGAGAAAUGGGUCGAAGAUCCUUAACAGACCAGCGCCUGGGUCCCGUAGGAAUUGGAUUUGUCAAUAGCUUUCCCAAUCUGGCACGUCGCCUCCAUAUGAAAAUGACAGCCGAGCAUAUCGAGAAGUUUUUCAUGCGCAUCGUUAGAGAGACAGUGGCAUUCAGGGAGCAGAAUAAUAUCCGUAGAAAUGAUUUCAUGGAUCAGUUAAUCGAUUUGAAAAACAAUCCACUUAUGAUGUCUGAAACUGGUGAGAACGUGAACCUAACUAUUGAGGAGAUAGCUGCCCAGGCUUUUGUUUUCUUUGCUGCUGGAUUUGAAACCUCAUCGACCACCAUGGGAUUCGCUUUGUAUGAGCUGGCCCAAAAUCAGGGCAUCCAGAACCGUGUAAGGACGGAGAUCCAAGAGGUUUCCGAGAAGUACAAGGGAGAGUUAUCCUACGAAAGCGUAAAGGAACUGGUCUACCUAGAUCAAGUGAUAUCUGAAACUCUUAGACUUUACACCGUUCUUCCUGUAUUAAAUCGCGAAUGUCUGGAGGACUUUGUGGUUCCCGAAAAUCCCAAGUAUGUGAUUAAGAAGGGAAUGCCCAUCAUAAUUCCUGCCGGAGCCAUGCAUCGUGAUGAGAAGUUUUAUGCCAAUCCAAAUACCUUUGACCCCGAAAACUUCUCUGCCGAACGAGUCAAGGAGCGAGACUCCGUGGAGUGGCUGCCGUUUGGCGAUGGUCCCAGAAACUGUAUCGGAAUGCGUUUUGGCCAAAUGCAGACCAGAAUCGGAUUGGCUCUCCUCAUCAAGGACUUUAAAUUCUCGGUCUGUGAGCAGACAACGAUUCCCAUGAAAUACAACAAAGAAAUGUUCCUGAUUGCAAGUGAAUCUGGCAUUUACCUUAAGGUCGAACGGGUGUAAUUCUAUUCAUAUUAAAGCUUUAUAUUAUAAUUGCAUAGAAACAACUUGAAAAUCAA